AUGGCGCUCUGGCAGCAACUAUCUUUCGCAACACUUAAUGUGCGAGGGCUCCGGUCCCGACAGAAGCAGAUGCAGCUACGCCGUCUGUUAUCUAGCAAACGACUCGACUUUGUUGCCCUUCAGGAGACAAAGACCUCAAGUGACGAGGACACUGCAAAGGCACCGAAGGCGGGGGAAGACGACCACUCGGUGCUGCAGCGGCCCAUCACGCUGGGUGUGCAGGGCGUGCAGCAGAUCGUGCGGUGCAUGAACGAUGGCAGCCGCGAGGUCAAGGACGUGCUGCUCAACGAGUGUAGCGUGCUGUUCGAUUGCAAGGUGUGCCGCAGUCUGUUCCGCAGCCUGGCCAACCUGCUGGCCCACAAGCGCGUCUACUGCACCCAACACCUGAGCCGACUCCGCCGCGCCACCGGCGAGUUGCAGCUGACGCCCAUUGCAGGCACUGCGAGUGCCGUGUACCAGCGGGUGCACCGCGAGGGCGAGCAGCCGCCACAGGACAAGGGGCCGUCCUCGAGCCAGGCGACCUCGUCGCAGACCCGCUACCUCUCUGUGCGCAGUGACUGCGACCUGUCCCGGCUGCUGUGCCUUAACUGCGACACGACGUACACGUCUGUUACGACGCUUUACUUGCACAUGGUGUCGCUGCACUCGACUAGGCGUCGCUACCACCACUGUCCCUUGUGCCGCGCCAGUUUCGUGGAGAUGUGGGAGGUCACGCGCCACCUCAUAAGUGUGCACGGUCAGACCAAGGAGCAGAUCGUUCAGCUGCGCGACAGCAUCCGCGGUGGCAUCCAGCUGCGCAAGAGCCGGCUACAGCGCAUAGUCGACUGCCUGCAGCGCAACAGCAGCACCGCCGCUGUCUGCAGCCGGCCGCCCAGGCAGCACAACCAGGACAGUGCCAACAAGCGCGUCUCGCCAGCCACGGAGCGCAAGAUCCUGGUCAUCAGCGACUACGACCGGCUGGCGUGCCGGCGCUGCUAG